UGCUAACAUCUGAAAAUCGGCAACUGAUGAUACCACUGUCUGCUUUACUAUCAAAACUAACCAACCUGAAGUCAGCCUAAUUUUUGGUGGUAAAAAUAGGUUCCUCUCACUCUCCAGGGGAGAGUUAGCACUUUCAAGCCCACCGUUGUCUUAGAGGUCACGUUGGUAGCGCGUGAUUCCCGUCAUACAAAGGCUAUUUAUAUCAAAAUUUUAAAGCACCUUUCGGUAGACGACGUAGUAAAGAAACAUGGCAGCGUCGCCGACAUUUCAAACGCCAACCACGGUAUUGAAUUUUGAAGAUAUUGGAAGUUCCCUUCUCAACCGAACUUUAGUGACUAUCACAUGCUCUUUGUCGCUUCUCGGAGCCUUGUUAAUCAUCGUGACGUAUAUUGCCUGGAAGGACGUGAGGUCGUGUUCGAGACAAAUCCUGGUGUACAUCUCCAUCGCUGACAGUGUUGUAGCUGCAAGUUACAUGAUCGGAGUACUGCUACCAGACAACGCUAACUCCACCGCCUGUGUCACUCAGAGUUUUUUCUCCACCGCUGCGAAUCUAUGUUCCUUCUUUUGGACUCUCUUCUUGUCCAUAUAUUUGUACGCAGCAGUAGCGAGACUAACUCCUGCAAAGAAUUUUCUUUGGUUUUUCCACAUAAUUGGUUGGGGUUUCCCACUGUUUAUUGUAGUGCUAGCUUGGGAGAAGGGCGCCCUUGGAAAUGACCGAGAUAUCUACAGCUCUGGUUGGUGUUGGAUCCGAGUACAGGACAAUAGCAACGAUGAUGUGAUAUGGAUGUUGGUAACAGGAAAAUUUUGGGAGAUAGCUGUAUUCAUACUUAUUUUGAUUUUCUAUGGCUUGCUGAAGUGUCAUCUCCGCACAGAGGUGAAAAUGGUUCCAUGCCGCGUCAAGGAAGAAGCGAGAAAGGCUGAUAAACAGUUAACACUUGUUCCUGUAAUUUUUCUAUUUUUACGAUCCUGGAGCAUGAUUCGCUUCUGUAUUUACCUGGUUUCAUCUGCACAGCAAUCGCAAUCAUUACUUGAUGCUCAGGAAAUUUUGAUUUAUUUACAGGGUGUAUGCAACAGUGCUCAAGGCUUCGUCAACUUCCUUUUGUUUUGGUUAUUUACCACGAAAUUCCAGAAUAAUUUGCGAAGAGUAGCACACAAAUACUGCCCAUGUUUGCGAGACAAAUAUACAUUCAUUCCCGGAGAGUGUAUAAACGUGGAAUACUCAAAUAACAGCCGUUAUCCACAGUAUUCAGACACGGGAGAAACCUCUGCGAUAUUUAAGACAUCAGAUUUCUACGGUCCAAAAUAUUCCUAUUACACUGUAAGUUUGUUAACGUCGAAUACAUCUAAAUUAACACGGUAGGAGCCUGGGAAGGAACGGAGGGUUUGUCUCUAUGACCUCAUGCGGUGAUGGUGUGAAAUUCUCAAAGGAAAUCACAACACAUUUUGAGCGCUUGAAUCUAACUAAUUUUCACAUAAAAGGUGUUUUACACUGAAUAAGUUCAUAUGCUAUGUAAGCUAGGUUCGAAUUAGGAUAGAGCUGGAUGUGAUUUAGAUCGUGAUCACAAGCUGUUAUUCUUAGCAUGCUGCUUCGUUUCCAAGCUCAGUUAUUUUUUUACUGUAUUAUUUCCUACGAUGAAAAGCGAGAAAUGGGGAGUGCGGUACUUGAUGGAAUCUAACCAUGCUCCAAAUGAGAUAGGUUAAUCAUUAUCUGAACAAGUGGUAGGGUGACUGGAAAGAAAAGGGCGGGAAGACGGAGAACGGGAUAGGGGACAUUCUCAUUCCCAGACUCCCCUCCCCCAUUCACGAGGAGCAAUCCUUUUUUUUUAGCAAGUAAAGACACUCAUUUCAUGUGUAUAUAGGUUGUGAUAUAAUGAAAACAGUCAAUAUUAUAUUCUGAGAAUAUGUUAAAGCGACUGGUCAUCAGCCGAAACGUCGUCUUGUCGCUAACUGUUUUGCGAAGAAUGGAUCAAAAUUGACUGAAUAGAUUACACCAUAACUCAAUCAGAUUUUGAAACCAUUUUGUAACUAAGUGACAAGAAAUUGACGUUUUUAGGUAAUGUAAUUUUCAUGUCCAUUUUAUGUUGUACUUACAAAGAGACACAUGUAUCAGUGGUUUGUCAAAAAAAAGGUGAACUUUUAAGCGUUAAGUGCCAAUGCACGGGGUAUAUUUGUGUUAAAUGACCGAAAAUUGUAUAUAAGGAAGGAAAUCAAAUAAAGUGAG